AUGGGGGUGGGGGCAGAGGAAGGACAGGGACCCACCCUACUGAGUCAAGGCCUAAAGUGGGGUAUUCUCCGGCUGUCAGGAGGGGACGGAGUGCAGAGCAACCUGUGCGGUCUGGGGAACCCAGGGACGGAUGAGGAGCUCGGGGUGAGGCCGAUUCUCCCACACUGCCCUCGGGUCUGUCUCCCUUCUCAUCUCCCCAGGCGCCCAAGGCUUCUUCCUUCCUGUCGUCUCAGGCCCCCUCUGGGCCUUCUCCCACGGUCUCCGGGCCCGGGCCCCCCACUUCGCAGCGGGGCCCCCUCCCGCCGCAGGCCCCGACCACCCGCGCUCCGGCCGGCGGACCCUCCUCUGCGGGCUGCCGACCUCGCGGGGCCGGCCUGGCCUGCUACGCGCCCUGCGGGGCGGCGGACUCUCGGCGCGGCCCCUCACCCGGGCGCACGGACUCGGCGGGCCUCACUCACCGCAGCGGCCCGCGCCCGUAGAUAG